AUGGCGUCGCUCCGCCGGCCAGCGACGCAGUUUGCUGUCGCCGCGGCGCCUAGGAGCAGCCUGGUGCCAGCUCGCACACCCUGGGCCGGGACGAAUCGCAGCUACGCCCAGAUCUCGCGGGACAAGAUCACCCGGGCCAUGAGCCAGCAGCAGAAGCUGGGCGAGCGCGGCGCGACCAAGGAGCAGACCAUGUCGCAAAUGCAAAAGGCGGCCGCCAUGGACGUGUUCAAGGACGGCGGCGGGCCUCUCUUUCCCGGCACGUUCGUCCCGAUCCCCUUUUCGCAACGCCCCAAGAACCCCCUCGACCUCGCGCGGUACCAGUGGUGGCGGCUCAAGAGCUACGCGCAGUGCGUGCUGUCGCUGCUGACGAUUAAGCUGCGCUCCAUGCCGAACUGGACGACGCGGCCGCAGUGGAAGGUGCACCGGGGCCGGAUCGCGCCGACGGCGCGCGCCAUGUACCGCGAGGUGCUCGAGGCCUUUGCGGCGGGCGACAAGGCGACGGUGGCGCGGCUGUGCAUGCCGCGCUUCGCCGCGCAGCUGCACGCGGCCAUGGACCGGCGCAGCCCGCACGAGACGGUGCGCUUCGAGCACGUCAAGGACACGCGCAGGCUCGUGUACCCGCGCAUCGCCAGCCACCUCAUCCACGCCAUCAAUCCGUACGACAAGACGGUGCUGACGGAGCAGGCCGUCGUCGCGCUGUCGUCGCAGCAGCAGCUGUCGCGGCACCGCAAGGGCGCCGCCGCCGCGGACGACAUCAUCCCGGGCAGCCUCCGCGUCCAGGACAAGAUUGAGUACGUCGUGCUGGCCCGCGCCACGGAUACCAAGACGUACCCGAGUACGCAGUGGCGCAUAUGGGGCACCACGGGCGGCACGACGCCCGAGGCGUACAGGGCGGAGCAGGCGGUCAUUCUCAAGGAGACGGCGCACCGGGCGGGCUGGAAAGACAGGGUCUAG